GUUCCUUUAUAAAUAUACACUCUCCCUCAUUUUUCUUCCAUUUUAUACCCAAAAAAAAAAAAAAAAAACUAGAAAUCAAUCAGCACAAAAUUUGAACCAAAAUCUGCAAGAAGCUGAAGUGUAAUGGCUGAACAUUUAGCAUCAAUUUUUGGUACAGAGAAAGACAGAGUGAAUUGUCCAUUUUAUUUCAAAAUUGGUGCAUGUAGACAUGGUGAUCGUUGUUCUAGACUUCAUACGAAACCUAGUAUUAGCCCAACACUUUUACUUUCUAAUAUGUAUCAAAGGCCUGAUAUGAUUACACCUGGUAUUGAUGUACAUGGUCAGCCCAUUGAUCCUCGCAAAAUGCAGCAACAUUUUGAGGUACAAACAAUUUUUUCUUUUUGGAUUUUGAGUUAUUUUGUGGUUUAGUGAAAUGGAUGCCCAGUUAAUCAGUUGUUAUUUAGGGGUUGUUGGUUUGAAGAUAAGUUAUGUUGGCAUUAGUUAUGCAGAUUGGUAUUACAGUCACAACUCUCUAUAUCGGCACCAGCUUAUAAUAACAACUCUCUAUAACUGUCAAGCUUUUUUGGAA